AUGACAGAACUCGAUCUGUCCAAGAAAGUAGCCGAUAGGUAUCUCAAGCGUGAGGUCCUUGGUGAAGGUACAUACGGUGUCGUUUACAAAGCCAUCGAUACGCAGACAGGGCAGACUGUUGCAAUUAAGAAGAUCAGGCUUGGCAAACAGAAAGAAGGGGUUAAUUUUACGGCUCUCAGAGAAAUUAAACUGCUUAAGGAGCUCAAAGAUCCAAACAUUAUUGAGUUGAUUGAUGCCUUUCCACAUAAAGGGAAUUUACAUCUUGUGUUUGCCUUCAUGGAGACAGACCUUGAAGCUGUUAUACGGGACCGGAAUAUAUUUCUUUCACCUGGUGAUAUAAAAUCUUACCUUCAGAUGACACUUAAAGGCCUUGCUGUCUGCCACAAGAAAUGGGUGUUACAUAGGGAUAUGAAGCCAAAUAACUUGUUGAUAGGAUCUAACGGACAGCUGAAACUUGCGGAUUUUGGUUUAGCUCGGGUAUUUGGAAGCCCAGAUCGCAGGUUCACUCAUCAGGUGUUUGCUCGGUGGUAUAGAGCACCUGAGCUAUUGUUUGGUACCAAGCAGUAUGGUCCAGGGGUAGAUGUUUGGGCUGCAGCUUGUAUUUUUGCUGAGCUUCUUCUUCGUCGACCCUUCCUGCAGGGUUCAAGUGAUAUUGAUCAGUUAGGAAAGAUUUUUGCAGCAUUUGGAACUCCAUCUCCUUCUCAGUGGCCUGAUAUGAUCUACCUACCUGAUUAUGUUGAAUAUCAACAUGUUUCUUCUCCACCUUUGCGUUCUUUGUUUCCAAUGGCAAGUGACGAUGCUUUGGAUUUGUUGUCAAAAAUGUUUACCUAUGAUCCAAAAGCUCGAAUUUCAGUGCAGCAGGCUUUAGAGCACAGGUACUUUUCUUCUGCACCUCUGCCCACGGAUCCUGUUAAACUACCAAGACCUGCCCCUAAGAAGGAAUCUAAGGUUUCAGAUGUAAUUUCAAAUGAAGGUCCUACUGUCUUGUCACCUCCAAGAAAGUCUAGAAGAGUAAUGCCAGGGCGUGAUGGUUCUGAAGGCAAUUCUUUGCAAGGAGAUAAGUUUGAUGACAGUGUUAGUGUCAGACAGACAGAUGAUAAUCACGGCAAAAAUGAGCCAAUUCCAAUGUCACUAGAUUUUUCUCUUUUUGCAUUGAAGCCUCCAAAUAGACCUACAAUUACCAGUGCUGACAGAACACAUUUAAAAAGAAAGUUAGACCUAGAAUUCUAG